CCCCUCGUUCCUCACCCGCCCCAGAUCAUGAGCAAGGGGCGCAUCGUCCGCGCCGGGCGGCAGCGCCACGAGGCCGGGCAGAGCCUGGUCACCAUGAGCCUGCUGGUGACCCCCGAGCUCAUCCCCUCCUUCCGCAUCGUGGCCUAUUACCACGUCCUGCCCGGAGAGAUCGUGGCCGACUCCGUCUGGGUGGACGUCCAGGACACCUGCAUGGGCACCCUGGUGGUGAAGGCGGCGACGGAGGCCGACAAGCGGGUGCAUCAGCCGGGGACCCCCAUGAGGCUGCGCCUCGAGGGCGACCACCGGGCCCACGUGGGGCUGGUGGCUGUGGACAAGGGGGUCUUUGUGCUCAGCAAGAAGAACAAGCUCACCCAGGCCAGGGUUUGGGACACGGUGGAGCAGAGUGACAUCGGCUGCACCGCGGGCAGCGGGAGGGACAACGUCGGGGUCUUCGCCGAUGCCGGGCUCAGUUUGGUCACCAGCGUGAAGAUCUCGACGCCACCGCGGUCGGAGGUGCAGUGUCCCAAGGAGGCCUCGCGCAGGCGUCGCUCGCUGCCGCUCGUGCAGUACAAAGGCACCAAAGCGUCCGAGUACCAGGACAAGGCUCUGCGUCGGUGCUGCGAGGACGGGAUGCGGGAGAUCCCGAUGGAUCACACCUGCGAGCAGAGGAGCUCCUACAUCCAGGAGGGCGAGUCCUGCGUCCGCGCCUUCCUCGACUGCUGCAAGUACAUCCAGGGCAUCCGCCAGGAGAAGCGGCGCCAGAGCAAAGUCCAGCUGGCACGAAGGGUGGCCAUGAGACCACGGACGAGAGGGAUGCCCCCAUCCCCAGGCGAGGAGGACGAGGUGUUCCUGAGCGACGACGACAUCACCUCGCGGAGCCUCUUCCCCGAGAGUUGGCUGUGGCAGGUGGAGCAGCUGACGGAGGCCCCCAACGAGCUGGGGGUGUCGUCAAAGACUCUGCCCGUGUACCUGAAGGACUCCAUCACCACCUGGGAGGUGCUGGCCGUCAGCCUCUCGCCCAACAAGGGGCUGUGCGUGGCCGACCCCUACGAGAUCACGGUGAGGAAGGAUUUCUUCAUCGACCUGCGCCUGCCCUACUCGGUGGUGAGGAACGAGCAGGUGGAGAUCCGAGCCAUCCUCUACAACUACUGGCUCCAGGAGAUCACCGUGCGGGUGGAGCUGGUUCACAACCCCGCCCUGUGCGGCCCCUCCACGGCCAAGCAGCGCUUCCAGCAGAUCCUGCGGAUCAAGGCCGAGUCCUCCCGCACCGUGUCCUUCGUGCUCGUGCCCCUCCAGCUGGGGCAGCACGAUGUCGAGGUCAAGGCGGCCGUCAGGGACCUGUUUGUGGGCGACGGCGUCAAGAAGAAGCUGCGGGUGGUGCCCGAGGGGAUGAGGCUGGAGAAGACGGUGAAGAUCAUCGAGUUGGACCCGCAGAACAAGGGAGUCAGUGAGUGACUGGGGGGGCCCCGACCCCACAGGGGGGUCCCA